AAAGCUAUCUAAAGGUGUUUUGUUUUUGCAGGUCAAUGCCCCUGCACACAAAUCUCAUGUUGCCAUGCAAAAAAUUCGUGAUUUAGGGUUUGAAUUACUAGGCCCCCCUUAUUCACCAGAUUUGGCUCCGUCUGACGUCGUAAAAGGUCGUAAAUUUUCUUCCAACGAGGAGGUAAUGAAAGCUGUGGAGGUCUGGUUUGCAGAGGAAGAAGAAACAUUUUUUGAAAGGUCUAGAGACGUUGCAGAUACCCCAAAAGGGAACAACAGUUUUGGAUUUAAAAAAGGCUAUAAGAAGAACUUUCACAUUAAAACAACAACGUCAAAGAAUUAAAACUAAAAUUAGUUGGAGGUAUGUUUGGAGGACAUUCUACCUUCAAAACAUUCAAACCGGUCAGGUCAUGAAAGAUGAUAGGAAAGAAGUGUCUGCUUAUGGAAUUGUAAAUAAAUCCCAAAUCAGAUUCGUGAAAAGACUAAGAAAGGAAGCUUCAAAGAGUGAGUCAUGCUGACACGAAAUGCUAAAAAAAGUAAACUUAAAAUGGAGUCCACUAAUAGCCUUGUUUAUUAUUCCACUAACAGCAUUGGAAAGUGAAAAAUAUCCUUGGCUAGACCAAAUCGCUAGACAGGAACAGGUAAUAGAAAGCUGUGAUAUAAUGGGUUUGAGAUAUAAAAAUAAAUUGAGUAUAAAUAAGCUGGAUCAUAUCUUAGUUGAUCAUAAUCAUAAGUUACUCUACUGUUAUGUUCCUAAAGUGGCCUGUACAAAUUGGAAACGGAUUCUAAUGGUUUUGACUGGAGAAUCGAACUUAACUAAUCCAAUUCAAAUAUCAGCGAGUGAUGCUCACCUGGAAAAUUCAACUGUAAAAUUAUCCCAGUUAGAUUAUAAGGACAUAAGAAAAUGUUUACAAGAUUACACGUUAUUUUUGGUAGCAAGACAUCCUUUUGAAAGAUUACUAUCGGCUUAUAGGAAUAAAUUUAUGGACAAGUCACAGAAAAAUAAGUAUUUUAAGUUGCGCUAUGGAAAACACAUAAUACAGAAAUAUCGCCAAAAUCCUACAAAGGAAGACCUUGAAACAGGUGCUAAUGUGACAUUUAGAGAAUUUAUUCAAUACCUCAUCGAUGAAGGAGUAUUUUCAAAUGAGCAUUGGACACCCAUCUACAACCUUUGUCUACCUUGUACUCUCAAUUACACAUUUAUUAGCCAUUAUGAGACAAUCACUGAAGAUUCUUCGACUAUUUUAAGAAUGGUAAAUGCGCCAAGGUUGACGUUUCCCGUAACCAAGUCUAAAAGAACCAAGGAUAGCUUGAAAUUUUAUUUCCAGCAGUUAUCUAUUUAUGAAAUUGAAAUAUUGUAUAAAUUGUACGAAGCGGAUUUUAAACUAUUUGGUUAUAGUCUUGAAGAAAUAUUAGGUUAUGAUUUAGCGUAAAAUUAAAAAACUAUUAAAUGUAGAGUUAAUGUUAAUUUAUGGUGUGUUGAAACAUCAAAAUGUCUUAAUAGUAGAAUUUUAUAUAUAAAUUAUUUGUAUUGUAAAUUCAUAUGAAGAAACUUGAUUGAUUGAUUAAACUCAGUGUUCGACUUUGUUUGACAGUAUUUCCCUCAUGUAUCAUAAUGUAAAACUUUACUAAAAUUUUAUCGUGAUUAAUUUACUAAAUUAAUAUCGCAGAUCCCAAAUAGUAUCAUAACUCAAAAACCUAGAAAAUCCCUUUUAUUGUAUUAUUGGUGCUAUAAAUCUAUAACUAGAUUCCGUGUAGUUUGGUUGCUUUUUGCAAAACUAUGUCUUUACAUAUUUAAAAAGAUAUAUGUAGUUUAUUCCUGCUAUUCAGACAUCCAAAAAAUUCUCAUUUCAUAUUUUUUCGAGUGAUAAGUGAAGUGAAGUCGUUUCUAAUGUCGAACAUCGAUAGGCAUUUUUUCUCGGUAAAAAAUAAAAAAGUUGUCGCACUCUCAGCGCUAGAGACUAUAGAGCGUUUAGUACCGUUAGUCUUUUUAGAAGUUUUUAAAUAAACA